AUGUCUCGGAAAUCUGCUUCGGAUGUAAAAAGCAGCAUUCAUGCUAGGGCUACAACCAUUAAUGCAUGGGAAUUGCCAAAACAAUCGUCGACUUUUGCACCAGAAGGCACAUGGACCAAUAUCGAUAACGAUGUGACGCCAAUUGACCGGCGAAUUUGGGGUCAUUGGGCGUUGCUUGGCUACUGGAUGAGCGACAUCCUCUCGGCACAGUCAUGGGAAGGCGCAUCGACAGUAAUAUCCGGUGGCCUGACAUAUAGGGAAGCGAUAUUGUGCCUCAUUAUGGGCACAUUCAUCAUUGCGAUUCCUAUUUCUCUGAAUGGUUCGAUCGGGGCAAAACUACGCGUUCCAUUCCCUGUUGCUGCACGCUCCAGCUUCGGUUAUACCUUUUCGAAAGCUCCAGUCGUCGUUCGCAUGGUGACUGCCCUAUUUUGGCACGCUAUCCAGAGCUAUGCCGGAGGCACGGCAGUCACUCAGGUGAUUCGGGCCAUCUGGCCUUCAUAUUUAAAUAUUCCAAAUCACCUGCCGGUUAGUGCAGGGGUUACUAGCCAGGAGCUUUGUUCUUAUUUCAUCUUCUGGAUAGUACAACUGCCCUUUCUUCUGACCCCACCACACAAGCUCCGGUGGUUCUUCGUGUUCAAGGGUAUCUUUGUAACUUCAGCUGCCGUGGGUACAGUCAUCGGUAUGUGUCACUUAGCUGGAGGAAGCGGUGACAUCUGGAACCAGAAGCCGCAGUACACCGGACCGACUAGAUCAUGGUUGAUCUUAACAUACAUGACUUCUCUGUCUGGAGGAUGGGCAACAAUGGCAACUAAUAUCCCCGAUUAUACGCGAUACCUUCGAAAGCCACGAGGAAUCUGGCUGCAAGCCCUACUCGUUCCUGCAAUUUGUACCUUCAUUGGACUUCUCGGUAUAAUCACAACAAGUGCAAGCAAGGUAGUCUACGGGGAGUAUAUCUGGGAUCCUCUUGAGCUUGCUAGUCACUGGGAAGGUCCGGGCGGUCGAGCAGCCGCAUUCUUCGUGGGUUUGGCGUGGACCGUCGCCCAAAUUGGAGUCAACGUGUCAGCCAAUGUCAUUUCGUUUGCUAAUGACUUGACCUCACUCUGCCCACGCUACAUAAAUAUUCGACGUGGAGCAGUGGUCGCUACACUUAUUGGAGGCUGGGUCAUGGUACCGUGGAAGAUUGUCUAUUCAGCAGAAAGUCUGAUCAACUUUAUGAGUGCUCUGUCGAUUUUCCUGUCGCCUAUUACUGCGAUUUUGGUCGCCGACUUUUGGGUCAUCAAAAGCCAAGCGAUUGAUGUCCCAGCGCUCUACCGUCCAUACUCAAGAUAUCAUUAUAUUGGAGGUUGGAAUUGGCGCGCGGGCCUGGCUUUCUUCAUUUCGUUGGGUCCCAAUCUCCCUGGCCUAAUAAACGCAGUAAAUCCUAAUAUCAACGUCAGCGGUGCCGAGAAAAUAUAUGAUUUCAACUACCUAUGGGGAUUUUUCAGUGCGUUCACUGUUUACAUUGCCUCCAAUUACAUAUUUCCAGCUAGAGAAACGCUGAUUCCAGAAACAAUUCAUGAUGACGGUAAUGUCUAUGUGGGCGAACGUGUGUCUGAUGAAGAAAUAGCUGCUGAACAUCAAGCUUUGCCUGAAAAGCAAUGA